AUGUCGGAACUCUCUGAAUCCACCGAUUUUCAGCAGCUGCCGGAGUCUGAGUUCCCGGAGAAUCUGACUCUGCCUCCACCCCUGCCCAAGUCUGAGGCUAUGCUAGCUGCCAAUUCUCUGUUCAAACAGAAAUCUUGGUCUCCUGAUACCUACCGUGAGGAGGCUUGGCAGCGGAGGAGGGGAAUCGAGCGCCGAAAGCGGCGGAGCAAGAGCGUGACCGACGAAGACGUUGAGGAACUCAAAGCUUGUAUUGAAUUGGGUUUUGGAUUUGACUCCCCGGAGAUGGAUAAACGUUUGUCUGAUACUUUCCCGGCUUAUGGACUCUACUAUGCCGUCAACAAACAUUACACCGACACCGUUUUGAGGCCUUCCGCUUCCGGCGUGGCUUCUCCUUUAUCAUCCGCCGUCUCCGACAGUGGUACCCCUUCCCCUCUUGGCAGUCCUCUCACCAUAUUUGGGCCAGGUGAAAAUCCACAAACGGUGAAGACUAAAUUGAGGCAAUGGGCACAAGUGGUGGCUUGUACGGUUCGUCAAUCAUCAACCAGAACCUAA